AUGUGGUUUACUGUUACCAAGAUUGACAACAAAGAGAAGGGAUUUCGCAAGCUCCAGAGGGCAUCAUGGAAACAGGACCCUGUUCCAACCGCUACGGAAGUGUCACAAAUCCUUGGGCUGCCCGACGAUCAGAUCAAUGCCAUCAUCCAACGCGAGAUCUCGAUCGCCAAGGAGAGAAAGCAGCUACUUGAGUUUCUGAAGUACCCCAAGGGCGUGAAGGAACCUGCCCUGGAACCAUUCGUGAAGAUCCUUGCCGAGCAACGCCAGCAGGUGAGAGAGAAGUCCCUCAAGCGUUUCAACGUGCUGGUCUUCAAGGCGGGCAACCUCUCCAGCCAUUCCACAUACUCUGGAAGUCUACGGGCACUCUGGAAGAACCUGACCCCCGGUGAUCUCGUGUAUUGGAGCUACCCCAAGCGCAAGCCCAACCAUGCAUAG